AUGCCCUCGCAACGGCUAUUGGUGGUUCUUCAUGUUGCUUCCCUACUCACUUCCCUGAUCGUUAUUACUUUGUCUUUUACCACCUCUGCCUCCCUCUCGCUCUGGUGUGCACCAGUCUUCGGAAUCAUGACCUUCGCCUACCAUUUCGUCCUCCUGCUCCUGGCCUUCACCCGGCCGCAACUCAAACCAAUGUCAUGGGCCGGAACGAUGGCUAUGGCGUACAUCCUCAGCUGCUGUUGGCUCGCCGGGUACAUCGUCAUGAUCGUUGUCCGACUAGCGGGGACAGGCGGUGUCCUCGUCCUGGAAAUCCUCGGAACCAACUUCCACUUUCCUGUCGGCCACCGCAUCCUCGACAAAUGGCAGUUCGUUCUCCACGCAGCAGAAUGGGUGCUCCUCGGAGACCUAGCCAUCAGAACGACAGUCCACCGUCGGAGGUUACUGAAGGAGAAGGGAAAGCUACCUCUAUACCAUAACAGAUCUGACCCGGAAGAGACUAUGGACUGGAGAGGAUCCACCGCGACGAUAUCCGCGACAUAG